CACGGACUGCAUGAGGAGUGUGAGAGUUAGAAACAAGAGGGAGAAUCACCCAGAAGAACAGCAGAGACAGAGAAGGUGUUGAGCAUGCCAUCAUAUGCCACCAACAUGAGGCUCAAGUUUCCCAUUCUGGCCUUAACACUGGAAGCCGUGACCAUUGUCCUGUACGCUCUUCUUGUGGUAUAUGACACCGGUGAUGCUCACGGACAUGAUGGGAGUCAUGCAGAAUCGAAUACAACUCAUUCAAGCAGCCCCAUGACCCUUUAUCCCAUGUUUCAGGAUGUACACGUGAUGAUCUUCAUUGGCUUUGGUUUCCUGAUGACCUUCCUAAAGAGAUAUGGCUUCAGCAGUGUGGGCAUCAACCUAUUGCUGGCUGCCUUUGGCUUGCAAUGGGGUCUUCUCCUCCAGAACAUCUGGCAUAUGCAUGACGGAAAAAUAAGAGUCAGCAUCGAAAAAAUGAUUAAUGCUGACUUCAGUACAGCGACUGUUCUGAUCUCGUUUGGAGCGGUUCUGGGAAAAACCAGCCCUGUACAGCUUCUCAUCAUGACCCUGCUGGAGAUCACUAUCUUCUGCAUCAAUGAGCAUUUGGUUGUGGAAGUCCUUAAUGUUUCUGAUGUUGGUGCCUCCAUGACCAUCCAUGCUUUUGGGGCUUAUUUUGGAUUAGCUGUCGCUGGAGUUCUUUAUCGCCCUGGUCUUCGGAACGGCCAUGAGAAUGAAGUAUCAGUCUAUCACUCAGACUUGUUUGCAAUGAUCGGCACAGUCUACUUGUGGAUGUUCUGGCCCAGCUUUAAUUCUGCUAUUGCUGAACCUGGUGAUCCUCAGCUAAGAGCUGUUAUCAACACCUAUUUCUCUCUGGCUGCUUGCGCUCUCGCUGCCUACGCUACCUCCAGUCUGGUGGAGAAGAAGGGGAAACUUGACAUGGUUCACAUUCAGAAUGCCACACUGGCUGGAGGAGUCGCUGUGGGUACCUGCGCUGACAUGGACAUCCAGCCAUUUGGAGCAAUGGCGAUCGGAAUCACAGCAGGCGUUAUCUCCACCGUUGGCUUUAAGUUCCUCACUCCCAUACUCGCCUCCAAACUUGGAAUCCAAGACACCUGUGGCGUGCAUAACCUCCACGGCAUGCCAGGCAUCCUAGGGGGCCUUGCUGGCAUUUUGGCUGCAGCACUAGGAAAGAAAGCCGGUGUUUCACCAGGCUAUCAGGCAUGUGGUUUGGCAUCAUCUCUGGGGUUUGCUUUGGUGGGUGGGUUGAUCACAGGUCUGAUUAUGAAGAUUCCAUUCUGGGGCCAGCCACCUGAUCAAAACUGCUUCGAUGACUCAAUCUUCUGGGAGGUACCUGAGGAAGAAGAGGAAAACGAAGAGCGUUUGACUCAUGGCGAUUAUUCCAAGACCAAAACAGAGGCUUGAAGCUCUGCUCCAAACCAGUUCACUUCGCAAAUCAAGAGACCCGGUCCAAUAAGCACCUCAGGGGCUGUUCAACAUCAGCAUCUACUCCACUUACUAAUAUCUUCAACAGUGAAAUCAUCAUAAGUACUAAGAGAUGUCAUGUAUUAUUUUGUAAUGUGUGCUUUUCUAAAUACAUGUAGCUAAAUU